UCUCAUGGGGCGCGCACCACCAUGGGCUCGUCCAGCCGCUAUUCCUCCUACAACUGCCUCACGUCGUGGGACAGCUACGACCGCAUCCCGAGAGUCCGUGUGGAGUAUUACGUCAACGAGAACACGUUCAAGGAGCGCCUGCAGCUAUACUUCAUCAAGAAUCAACGGUCGAGCCUGCGCAUCAGGAUCGCAAACCUGGUGUUCAAGCUGCUCACGUGUAUGCUGUACAUCGUCAGGGUUAUCACCGACAACGACCCGACGCACGCAUCAUGUUACGGCUGUCCACCGGGCAACAACUCCGAGUACAUGCGGUCGAGCAACCUGACCGACGAGGAGUUCCAGGAGAACCCGGUCAUCAACUGGGACGCCAUCCUCUGGGUGAACCGGUCGCUGCUCAUGUGGAUCGUGCAGGUCAUCCUGGCCAUCAUCAGCCUCACCGAGGCCCUGCUUCUCGCCUACCUCGGCUACAAGGGAAAUAUCUGGCAGCAGCUGCUGUCCUUCCACUUCAUCCUCGAACUCGUCAACACGAUACCCUUCACGCUGACGCUUCUGUGGCCGCCACUGCGCAACCUGUUCAUCCCAGUAUUCCUCAACUGCUGGCUGGCGAAGCACUCCCUCGAGAAUAUGUUCAACGACCUGCACCGGGCGAUGCAGAAGUCGCAGUCUGCGCUGUCGCAGCAACUGAUGAUCCUGUCGGCGACGCUGCUGUGCCUCGUCUUUACCAGUGUGUGCGGGAUCCAGCACUUCCAGCGCGCCGGCCAUCGACACCUCAACCUGUUCCAGUCGACCUACUACGUGGUCGUCACUUUCUCCACGGUCGGCUACGGAGACAUCGUACCCGACAUCUGGCCCUCGCAGCUCUACAUGGUCAUCAUGAUAUGUGUCGCACUCAUUGUGCUGCCCACACAGUUCGAGCAGCUGGCGUUCACGUGGAUGGAGCGCCAGAAGCUAGGCGGCUCCUACUCUUCGCACCGGGCGCAGUCGGAGAAGCACGUGGUCGUCUGCAGCACCACGCUGCACGCAGACACCAUCAUGGACUUCCUCAACGAGUUCUACGCCCACCCACUGCUGCAGGACUAUUACGUGGUGCUGCUGUCGCCGAUGGAACUGGACACGACGAUGCGCAUGAUCCUGCAGGUGCCCAUCUGGGCGCAGCGCGUCAUCUACAUCCAGGGGUCGUGCCUCAAGGACAGCGACCUGGCCAGGGCGCGCAUGAACGAGGCCGAGGCGUGCUUCGUGCUCGCCGCCAGGAACUACGCCGACAAGACGGCCGCGGACGAGCACACGAUCCUGCGCUCAUGGGCCGUCAAGGACUUCGCGCCGAGCGUGCCGCAGUACGUGCAGAUCUUCCGGCCGGAGAACAAGCUACACGUGAAGUUCGCCGAGCACGUGGUCUGUGAGGACGAGUUCAAGUACGCGCUGCUCGCCAACAACUGCACUUGCCCGGGCGCCUCGACGCUCGUCACCCUGCUGCUGCACACCUCCAGAGGACAGGAGGGCCAGACUUCCCAAGAAGAAUGGCAUCGACUGUAUGGAAAAUGCUCUGGAAACGAAAUAUAUCAUAUUGUGCUGGGAGACAGCAGGUUUUUUGGAGAGUACGAAGGGAAGAGCUUCACGUAUGCCAGCUUCCAUUCCCACAGAAAAUAUGGAGUAGCACUUGUUGGUGUGCGACCAGCAGAAUUACCUGAAUUUUAUGAGGAUACAAUAUUACUUAAUCCUGGCCCAAGACAUAUAAUGAAGAAGAGUGACACAUGUUACUACAUGAGCAUUUCAAAGGAAGAGAACUCUGCCUUUAUUCUUGGGAACCAGCAGAAUCAGCUGUGUGCAGAAAGUGGAACUACAGCAACAGAUGACAAGGAUCACAGUAAGGAGACUGGUGAUGGGCAUAACACUAAAACUGAUGGUACCAAACUCCAACUCCAGAUUCCAAACUCCAUCCACGUCACUACAUCUUCUGAUAGCUGUGGAAAUCCAGAAUCAAAGCAAGGUCAGAAAGAGAAUAAUCCAUCCACCUUAACACCAGAUGUAGCAGUUACAGGAAAUCAUCUUGAUGUACCUCGACCUGGAGACAAUCCAAAUCUUUUAAGUCCAGAGAUUCUGAACCAAAGGAGAGGUAGCCGCCGUCCAAGUAUAUUGCCAGUUCCUGACAUGUUCACUAGUUCCUCUCUCAACAUUGCUGUAGAACCACAGGAUGAUGCAGGUGAUGAAAGUGAUGAUGAGUUAGAUGACGAUGUCCCAUGGAGAUCGCCAAGUGAAAAAAUUGCUUCUGGGACUACAGAUGGCUGUAUGACUAAGUCUUCUUGGCUUGGAGAAACUUGUCGCAUUGUGAAAGGCUUUCCACCUGUGUCUCCUUACAUAGGAGUAAGUCCAACACUGUGCUACCUCCUGAAGGAAAAGAAGCCUCUCUGUUGUCUCCAGCUUGCUAAGGUCUGUGAACACUGCAGCUAUAGAAAUGCCAAAGAGUAUAACUGGCAAAAUAAGACAAUAAUAUUAGCUGCUGAUUAUGCAUCCAAUGGAAUUUACAAUUUUAUAAUUCCUCUUCGAGCUCACUUUCGUUCCAAAACUUCACUGAACCCCAUCAUUUUACUGCUGGAACGAAGACCAGAUAUUGCCUUCCUUGACUCGAUAUCUUAUUUUCCUCUAAUAUAUUGGAUGCUUGGUUCCAUUGAUUGCCUUGAUGAUCUUCUGCGUGCUGGAAUUACAUUAGCAGAGAAUGUUGUUGUUGUAAAUAAAGAGAUGUCAAAUUCAGCAGAAGAAGACACUCUUGCAGACUGCAAUACCAUUGUAGCAGUCCAAACAAUGUUCAAAUUUUUUCCUAGCAUCAAAAGUAUCACCGAGCUUUCCCAAUCUUCAAACAUGAGGUUCAUGCAGUUUCGGGCCCAUGAUAAAUAUGCCCUUCAUCUCUCCAAAAUGGAAAAGGUAUUGGCCUUUGGUUCCCAGCUCUACAGUCCAGAUGAUGGUCCUGAAGGGGGGCUUGUGCUGCGAGAGAAGGAACGAGGAUCACACAUCUCCUAUAUGUUUAGGCUUCCAUUUGCAGCUGGUAGUGUAUUCAGUGCUAGUAUGUUGGAUACACUCUUGUAUCAAGCGUUCGUUAAGGAUUAUGUUAUCACAUUUGUCAGACUUCUUCUUGGAAUUGAUCAAGCUCCAGGAUCUGGAUUUUUGACAUCUAUGAAAAUUACAAAAGAUGACAUGUGGAUCAGAACGUAUGGAAGACUGUAUCAGAAAUUAUGUUCAACAACGUGUGAGAUACCAAUUGGUAUCUAUCGUACACAGGAUACCUCACUUGCUGAUUCGUCCCACCCUGACGAGGAGAAUGACUCAGAUGGAGUUGGGGUUACAUACAGGCCAAAAUCUCAAAUUCGAAACUGUCUGGGUUGCGUACAAAACCAGACAUCUGUGUGUUCCAUAAAUUUAGUGGAUGAAGCUCGAGAUAACCACACUCAAAUGAUUGAACGUGCUGAAAUUGCAAAUUUGGUUCGCUCCAGAAUGGAAAGCCUAAAUCUGCCCAGUAUAGAUUAUGAUGAUGUCAGUGAGAAAAGGAGUAACUUGUCUUAUGUAAUUAUCAACCCAAGCUGUGAUCUCAAGCUUGAAGAAGGAGAUAUUAUAUACAUAGUACGACCCAGCCCUUUCUCAGCACAGAAGACAUUUGAACGUCACAACAGCCGCCGGAAGUCAAAUAUUAGUUUCUGCUCUCAACAACUGGUACAACAGAUGGCAAAUUCUGCAGCUGGUAGUCGGCGCGGCUCCACUAUUGGAUUGUCUGGCUAUACACCAACUCCAAGACCCCCUCCACUUGUAACAACAAAAGCAAACUCCCUUUCCCUUCCAGAUAGUCCUACAGUUGCUGGAUGUGCCGCAAGUCCCAGUCCUGCAGGAUGCUACAGAGCACGAUCCAACUCCUUACGUGUUGCUGACGAUAUACUCUUGCGUCGUUCAAACUCCCUGCGUCAGGGAUUGGCACCCUCUGGUCCCACAAGACGAAAAAGCAGCCUAGAAGACCUAGGUUUCUCCUAUGCUUCCAACCAUAGCAACCCCAUUAAGAUAGCAUUGAAUGGAAGCAUUGGUCUAGAGGUGACACCACCAGAAGAAGGAAGCUCACAGAGUGAAAACAGCUGUAGUAACCUUCUCAGUACUGUAGCAACUGGUCUUUCUGUUGGUGGCAGCCCUGCAGGUGGCAGUGGAAGUGUUGGCAUCAGUGUCAGUUGUAACAGUGGCAUAUGUACCAAUACAGGUGCGAGAAGUAGUGGAGGAUGUUCAGGAACUGUAAAUAGUCAAGGACUGGGUAUUUGUGCACAGACUCCAAGUUCACUUGAUGUGUCAAGCCUUGUCAGCUGCAGUGUAGACAGCUGUCAGCCUCCUCCGUCUCCCGGCCCAUGUGCCAGCCCAACCCCUCUGGCUGAUCCCCAACACCUACAAGGUACACUUGUAUGAUAUCACCUUAUGUGGGGGAGGAGACUAAGCAGUGUAGUCCGGAACAAGUGGCUGUAAACUGAUUGCUCCUCAGCCCCACAGUGAUAAAUUCUGAAUAAGAAAAGUAUAACAGCUGAAUCUACUUCAGUACCUUGAAAACUAUAUUGAACUGUGAGAGUCUAUGUGCAAAAUGAGUGAAAUGGUACUGUUAGUACUUAGCUGUUGACAAAUAACAACUUUCUAGUACAACUUAGUACAUAAAAUUAAAUAGGUGCUACUUUGAGAUAUUUUUAAUUUACUGAUAAGUGAAGAAGAAAUGAGUCAUUUUAAAACAACAUAUGUUGUUUACAGAUAACUACAGAAAUUAGGGCAUGUUUUGCUUCCUCGAUAUCUGUCUACUUACUCUUGUUGCACAUAUUGCCUCUUCAACAGACAGAGACUGUUGAUAUAAGCUAAGAAAAAUAUCAGAUGGGCUAAGUAGAAAAGGAAUGAUUCUUCACCAGCCCAUCAUUUCUAUUUUUCUCGAUUAUCAUUCUCUUGGCUGAUAUAUUCUCCGGUAUGGCACCGAAUGAGUUGGAAAUGGGAACAAAUAGUGUGUAGCUGUAAGUUAUCUUGAAGACUUUUUAGAAACUGAAAACUAUUUGGUGUGCUGCAUAGCAGCAUCAUUGCCUUGUAAAUAUCAUCUAUUACAUACCAUAUGUAUAGUGUACAGUGAUAUAAA